GCCCUGAGUAUGACCUACUGCCUAUGCUGGGAGUGGGUGCCGAAUUCGACCAGAAUGGGAUCCGCUGUUUCCCGUUUAAUCACCUCGGUCACACCAACUUCAAAGAACGAUUUGUACCAAUAAUGAAAAGGCUCUUGAGUGAUCGACGAUACGCAAUAUUGAAAGUUGUUACAGCAGGGCAUCAUCGCACUUUCCUUUUUAACUUUGAAAAUAGGAAGUGUGUGGACAAAUAUAUUGCACAAUUUUUUUACUAACA